AUGGAAAGCUUGGAAAAUCCAACCUCCGGCACUGAUGCGGAAAAGGACACGACCACAACGAAGAAAGGACGCCAUCGGAGCAAACACAAAUUCAAUUCAAUUCGCACACAGAUGGAAUUUUACUUCUCCGAUGCAAACUUAACCAAAGACCGGUACAUGGGACAGCUGGUACGGGAUGGGCCGUUCAUUCAACUAGAGGAGUUUCUAAAGUUCAACAAAAUCAAAGCACUUACGACGAGCGUGGAAGAGAUUGCGAAUGCGUUGAAAAACUCCACCCUGCUCGAGCUGUCCGACGAUCGUACCAAGGUGCGCCGCAGAACGGAACUAGUGGUGAAGGAAAACUGCGAAGAAUGUACCCUGUACGUGGAACGCUUACCACCGAAAGCAAACCACGACUGGGUGAGAAAUGUAUUUUCCAGCUACGGGAAGGUUGCGUACGUAUCGCUGCCAACGUUUAAACAUUCGCGCAAGAUAAAAGAGUUUGGAUUUGUAGAGUUUGAGGAGGAAGCGAGCGUGCAGAAGGCGUUGAAAGCGUUUAAAACGUUCGGUGGUGUGCUGGAGUUUGAUUCAACAGAUCCGGCCAAAAUGGCAAGCAUUAAGACGUACGAGCAGGAAAACAGUAAGCUGCCGGAAGAUGGUGAAAGUGUGAAAAUCGAGACGGAUGAUGAAAAGCCAACGGAAGUGGACGGUUCACUUGAGGAAGGUGGAGAGAUGGAAGUUUCCGCAAUGGGCAAGGUGGAAGCAGAUCUUAAGGAGGAGGUCGAUUGUGAUGAACCACCAGCAAAAAGACAUAAAAUCGAACCGACGAGCGAUGAGGACGAUGAUAUACAAGAGUUUCAACGGACGGAUCCGGCUGGUGAAGAGAAUGCGGAAGAGGAAAAGGACGGGGAGGGGAAUCUGGAACCAACUGGUGGUGGUAAGAAGAAAUGUCGCCAAAGGAAGGGAUGUAGCAUCAUCAAGAAGGAGCUUCAGCUGGACGAUAAGGUGUAUGAGAUCAAAAUAAUGACCAAGAAGGAAUGGCGUCGUUUACGGAACAAAUAUCUGAACCUCCAAAAGGCGGAAGCCAAGAAAUUGAAGCGCCUUUUCCACCAAACUUCUAACAAGCACCACAAACGGGGUUGCCAUCCGAAAGCAACCAACUCAUUCAAUUCGACAGGCGCUUCCGCUAGUACUGGUGGUGGAAUAGCAAUUAAAUCGAUUAAAUCUUCCCCGAGAGUUAAUUUUUACGGCGCGAUGCCGGUGGAUGAGGAGCACACCGAGGUGGAGGGAGCAAAUCCACUCCAAUCUGACCAACCGGAGGAAAGUUUUGCUGCCAUAGCAAAGCGGCCAUUGUUUUCCUUCGAACCGGGACUGAUUGUGUGUGUAAAGUUUAGGGAACCGUGUGUGGAUGUGAAGGAUUUUCGGGCGGAACUGCGGCAGCAUCCGUACGUGAAGUAUAUCGAUUUGAAGGAGGGUGCGUUUGAGGCGUUCGUGCGGGUUGAUAAGCCCGGUUCGGCGAAUGCACUGGUGCGGGAGUACAAUUCCGCCGAGCAUGCCGCACAGAUACUGAGCGGUGAGCAAGAGCAACAGUACUGGGACAAGAUGAUGCGCGAUCGGGAGGAUAAGCUAAACAAGCGGGUCAAGACGGAGCGGGUCCGGGGUCGUACGAAGCUAAUUCGUAAGAUAAAUAGUCACAUAAAGUUGGAUGAUGAUGACGAUUAA